AUGGAAAACCACGAGAACAACUCUAACUGUUCUUCAGGUUCUUCUUCUUCUAAUAAUAAUAACAGUUUCUAUUCCUCAGAUGAUGAUGCAGUAGCAAUUCACCAAACUAACAUGGUUGUUAGUUUGGGGCUCAUUAUUAUAAAUUCAAACUGGCCUCAAACUCGUAUCAAAAUAUGGAGAGAUCUUGACGCUGGAGCUGAACUUCUAUGGAGAGACUACUUUUGCCCGAACCCGCGCUUUCCACCAAAUGUAUUUCAUAGAAUAUUUAGAAUGCGUCGAUCAUUGUUUAACCGAAUAGUUAUAGACGUUGUGGGAGUAAAUUCUUAUUUUGUUCAAAAUCCCGAUGCUUGUGGAGUUAUGGGAUUGAACCCUCAUCAAAAAGUAACAACAGCAAUCCGAAUGUUAGCUUACGGAUGUGCGACAGAUGCAAUAGACGAGUAUUUACGCAUUGGAGAAACUACAGUUUUGGAAGCUACUCGUAGGUUUUGUAAAACUAUUGUCCGCUUGUAUGGGAAAUAA